ACCGACAGCCCAGAUACGAGGCUAGCUGCACAGACCGACCUGGCUGGCGAACCCAGGGUUUGCCCACCUUCUAGAGGAUUCGCUACGACCACCAGGCGCCGUAUAUACACCACCACCCGACCUCCUCUCGCUCGUCUCCUCCUCGCCAAGGAAAAAAGAGCUGCUGCAGAAGCCUCAGCUGCGGCGGCUACCAGAAGCAAAGCUGCAGAAGUUUCUCUGGCCUCGGCAACGGCCUCCACGCCGCGGGUGUAGUUCGCGAUCUAGAUCUCAGAACCAGCAGUGACCGGAAGAUAAAAAGGACAGUUCGGAGAUGAGUGUGGUGGGGUUUGAUCUGGGCAAUGAGAGCUGCAUUGUGGGGGUGGCGCGGCAGCGCGGAAUCGACGUGGUCCUCAAUGAAGAGUCCAAGCGGGAGACCCCCGCUAUUGUCUGCUUUGGCGAUAAGCAGCGUUUCAUCGGCACUGCAGGCGCCGCCAACUCCACCAUGAACCCCAAGAACUCCAUCUCCCAGAUCAAGCGCUUACUGGGACGCAAGUUUGCUGAUCCUGAGCUGCAGGAUGAUAUUAAGGCCUUCCCAUUCCGUGUCUCAGAGGGCCCUGAUGGGUUCCCGCUCGUUCACGUACGGUAUCUGGGGGAGGAGCGCUCAUUCACCCCCACACAGCUGCUUGCCAUGGUGCUGUCCAAUUUGAAGGCCAUCGCUGAGGGUAACCUCAACUCAGCUGUUAUUGACUGCUGCAUUGGUAUCCCGGUCUAUUUUACUGACCUGCAGCGGAGGGCUGUUAUUGAUGCUGCAACAAUUGCUGGUCUCCGGCCAUUGCGUUUGUUCCAUGAGACUACUGCGACAGCAUUGGCAUAUGGAAUCUACAAGACUGAUCUCCCUGAGAAUGAUCAGCUGAAUGUGGCAUUUGUUGAUGUUGGGAAUGCCAGCAUGCAGGUCAGCAUUGUUGGUUACAAGAAGGGGCAGCUCAAGAUGCUAUCACAUGCAUAUGACCGUUCUCUUGGCGGAAGGGACUUUGAUGAAGCCCUUUUUAAGCACUUUGCAGCAAAAUUUAAAGAGGAGUAUAAGAUCGAUGUCUACCAGAAUGCCCGUGCCUGCAUUAGGUUGCGUGUGGCAUGUGAGAAGCUCAAGAAGAUGCUGAGCGCCAAUCCAGAGGCGCCAAUGAACAUUGAGUGCUUGAUGGAUGAGAAGGAUGUACGUGGAUUCAUUAAGAGGGAUGAGUUUGAACAGAUCAGCGCACCAGUACUAGAACGUGUGAAGGGGCCGCUGGAAAAGGCAUUGUCAGAAGCUGGCUUGACGACGGAAAGUCUGCACUUUGUUGAGGUUGUUGGAUCAGGCUCUCGUGUUCCUGCAGUAAUGAAGAUAAUUACUGAAUUCUUUGGAAAAGAACCAAGGAGAACUAUGAAUGCAAGUGAAUGUGUUGCCCGGGGAUGUGCUCUCCAGUGUGCUAUUCUUAGCCCCACGUUCAAAGUGCGGGAGUUUCAGGUUAAUGAAGGGUUUCCUUUUUCAGUUGCUUUAUCAUGGAAGCCAGAUGCUCAGAACAAUGAAUCCCAACAAACUGUUGUAUUCCCCAAGGGGAAUCCAAUGCCUAGCAUCAAGGCUCUGACCUUCUAUAGGUCCAGUACAUUUGCAGUAGAUGUUUUGAAUGUUGACACAGAUGAUUUGCAAAUAACACACAAAAUUAGCACUUACACGAUCGGUCCUUUCCAAUCCAGCAAAGGUGAGAAGGCUAAACUGAAAGUGAAAGUUCGCCUCAACAUCCAUGGGAUAGUCUCUCUUGAAUCAGCAACGAUGCUGGAAGAGGAGGAAGUGGAAGUUCCGGUUUCAUCUACGAGUGAGGUGCCAAAGGAUGCUACUAGAAUGGAGACAGAUGAUGCACCACAGGACCCUGCUUCUAGUGCUGGUGACCAUAUGCAGGAACCUAAAGGAGCUGCUGAUCCUGCUGAGGGUGCUGCUGAAAAUGGGGCACAAGAUUCCGAGGAAAAAACUGUUCCAAUGGAUACUGACACAAAGGUUGAGCCAUCAAAAAAGAAAGUUAAGAAAACAAAUGUUCCAGUUGCUGAAUUGGUGUAUGGGGCGAUGGGCACUGUUGAGCUAGAGAAAGCUGUUGAGAAAGAAUAUGAAAUGGCUCUUCAGGACAGAGUGAUGGAAGAAACUAAGGACAAGAAAAAUUCAGUUGAGGCUUAUGUUUAUGACAUGCGUAACAAGAUUCAUGAGAAGUACAAUGAUUUUGUCAUGUCGGAGGAUAUAGAAGGGUUGAUGGCUAAACUUCAGGAGGUUGAGGAUUGGCUGUAUGAAGAUGGUGAGGAUGAGACCAAGGGAGUCUAUGUUGCAAAACUAGAAGAACUGAAAAAGCUUGGUGGUCCUAUCGAAAUGCGCUACAAAGAGUGGACAGAAAGAGGUCCAGCUCUUGAGCAAUUGGUGUACUGCAUCCGCAGUUUUAGAGAGGCUGCAUUGUCUGCUGACCAAAAGUUUGAUCACAUAGACAUAUCAGAGAAACAAAAGGUCGUUAAUGAGUGCUCGGCCGCAGAGACCUGGCUAAUGGAGAAAAAGCAGCAGCAAGAUGCUCUACCGAAGCAUGCUAAUCCCGUCCUCCUUGUUUCUGACAUAAAGAAGAAGGCUGAAGCGCUUGACAGGUUCUGCAAACCCAUCAUGACCAAACCCAGGCCAGCGCCAAAGCCACAGACCCCGCCGCCAGCAGAAACCCCAUCACCCGAGGCUCAUACACCGGAACAACAAUCAAAUGGAGCCGAUGAGUCCGCUGAGCCAGCUAGCGACGGUGCUCAGGAUGAGCAUGCGGCGGAGCAAAUGGACACCGAUAAGGAUGAUCCUUCCCAGGCUUAAGAACUGUGGAUCAGAGGAGAUUUUAUGUCCAUGAUCAGUUGAGUUCUCUUGUGCUUUUUGCCUGCUAGGGCAAAUAGACUAGCAGGAAUGGUUGUUUUCAUACGUUGUGAGGAUAUGAGUAGAACAUGGAGAGUUCUGCAGUGUUUCUAGACGUCUUUGUCCCUUCAGUAGCGGUCUUUUCUUUGACGACGUUUGGCAGAUGCAUGCAGGGUAAGGGCAUUCGUCGAGGUCUUGGUGACCCAUGGUCUCCAGUGUAUUUUUUCAAUGACGAUGGUCCAUAACGUUGUAAUUUUUAUCUACGGUGGCCCAUAGCGAUUCAGAAAUUUUUGGUCACUACGGAAACAAUAUUUAUGUCACUAUUAAGAGCUUUCUUGAAUUCCUGUAA